GCAACAUAUUUUCCUAUACCCCUUUCCUCUUCCCUCCCUCUCUCUCUGCUCUGGUAGGUCCACAAUGGUACAGCCAGCAUCUUGCAGCACAAUGGUUGCAAGGUGGUGAGCUGGUAGAGCGAGAGAGAGAGCGAGCGAGCGAGAGAGAGAGAGUGAUUCAGCAUCAGCAAGCCUCGGUUCAGUCCACCUCUGCCUUUUUCCUUUCCUCAUCGCCUCAUUUUUUGGGGGUCUUCCCCCCACCCCCCAACCACCACCACUACAACCACCUUCGCCAUCUUUAUGAACGAGUAAAUCAAGCCUUCAACUAUGGUCACCGCAAUGUUUUCCGUCGGGAUGUUUUGAAAAGGACUGUCACUGGACUGGGAUCGUCAUCAGCUGGCACGGAAUGGUAUUUAUGAGCAGACAUUUCUUAUAUAACUGCAGCCAACCAAUCCUGGAUGUGAAGAUAGCCUUUUGUCAGGUGUGUGUUCCUUACAGGUAAAAAAGGGUUUUGGAAAACAAGUGGAUGUGUCAUAUAUUGCCAAACAUUACAACAUGAGCAAAAGCAAAGUGGACAACCAGUUCUACAGCGUGGAAGUGGGAGACUCCACCUUCACAGUUUUAAAACGUUACCAGAAUUUAAAGCCCAUUGGCUCUGGAGCUCAGGGAAUUGUCUGUGCGGGCUACGAUGCUGUCCUGGACAGAAAUGUAGCCAUCAAGAAACUGAGCAGACCCUUCCAGAACCAGACCCAUGCCAAGAGGGCAUACCGGGAGUUGGUGCUCAUGAAAUGUGUCAAUCACAAAAAUAUUAUCAGUUUAUUAAAUGUCUUCACACCUCAGAAAUCAUUAGAAGAAUUCCAGGAUGUGUACCUAGUGAUGGAGCUGAUGGACGCCAACUUGUGCCAGGUCAUUCAGAUGGAGCUUGACCAUGAGAGAAUGUCCUAUCUGCUCUACCAGAUGCUGUGUGGUAUCAAACAUCUGCACUCAGCAGGCAUUAUUCACAGGGACCUCAAACCAAGCAAUAUAGUGGUGAAGUCAGACUGUACCCUGAAGAUCCUGGAUUUUGGUCUGGCCAGGACUGCAGGCACCAGCUUCAUGAUGACCCCAUACGUGGUGACUAGAUACUACAGAGCCCCAGAGGUCAUCCUGGGCAUGGGCUAUAAGGAGAAUGUGGACAUAUGGUCGGUGGGGUGCAUUAUGGGAGAAAUGGUGCGCCACAAAAUCCUCUUCCCUGGGCGGGACUACAUCGACCAGUGGAACAAGGUGAUCGAGCAGCUGGGCACACCCUCGCCAGAGUUCAUGAAGAAGCUUCAGCCCACAGUGAGGAACUACGUCGAGAACCGGCCAAAAUACGCAGGCCUCACCUUUCCCAAGCUGUUCCCCGACUGCCUUUUCCCUGCUGACUCUGAACACAACAAACUCAAAGCUAGCCAGGCCAGAGACCUGCUGUCUAAGAUGCUGAUCAUCGAUCCCGCUAAACGGAUAUCGGUGGACGAGGCCUUACAGCACCCCUACAUCAACGUGUGGUACGAUCCAGCUGAGGUGGAGGCGGCCAGAGAUCUCAUCCAAAUAUCCAUGCCUCCUCCUCAGAUCUACGACAAGCAGCUGGAUGAAAGAGAACACUCCAUUGAUGAAUGGAAAGAACUAAUCUACAAAGAGGUGAUGAACUUUGAGGAAAGAACGAAGAAUGGCGUUGUGAAGGGACAGCCUUCACCUUCAGGUGCAGCCGUGAACAGCAGCGAGAGCCUCCCACCCUCCUCCUCCAUAAACGACAUCUCCUCCAUGUCCACCGACCAGACCCUGGCCUCAGACACUGACAGCAGCCUGGAGACCUCUGCAGGACCCCUGGGGUGUUGCAGGUGACUAGCCGCCUGCCUGCGCAACCCCAUGUUCUUCCGAAGGUGAAGAACCCCACCUGAAAUGACCAACUGAAAAUCUGAAAAAAAAAGAGGAAAGAUUAAAAUGAAUAUAUUAAGAACAAAAACAUGAGUUAUGGAAACACAAAAUCUGAAAUGAUGAAAUCUAAAGCCUGUGCAUUGUCACUGAAAAACAGCUGAGGUAUUUAAACUGAAGUAAAAGAGCUGAGAUAUAUGUUAAUGAUCCUCUAGUUGCUUUGCUUAUAUUAGCCCACAUAUCUUGUAUAUGGCAUCCAAACAAAAACGACCAAAUGCUUAGACUUGCAUCUCCUGUAAAGUGCAUAUUGGCUGGCUGCUGGUCACACAAAUCCUUACAAAGGCAUUUAUGCUCCAAUCAUUGUGGCAAGGUGGGCUGCCAUUUUACUCAUCACUACUGUACAAUACAAACUGCAUUCUCCUUUUCCUCCUUCUCCCCUAUCCAACCCAUAUGUAAUGACACUGCUGUAUUUCAACCUCUAGCCUUGGUCUUAGACAUUCCCACGCAACACAAUCCCCAAUGUAAGGUUGCCUGAUUUGUGCGUUUUUAUGUGGUUAUUCUGCAGGGACACGUAGUCGCUCUCACCCGGAGCGUUGUGCCCUGCACUACUUGUAAAUAAUGUAAUUCUGUACAGUUGAAGGGCACACAGAAUGGGACUGACGGCCAGUACACUGGGAGUUUUUUUCCUGACUAGCACACCUUGCCACAUCACUGCUUUCCACUUCAGUUGCCCCUGCCUAUUGCUGUAGUCCUGCAUGAUUAGAUUUAAAACAAUGCUAAUCUCACUGUAUGCUAAAAUGAGUCAAUAUAGAGACUUUUGUUUAUAUAAGACAAGAAACUAACUCCAGACGUGAGGGGGUCUGGUCACAGGAUAGGACUCUGUGAGCGUGUGUGUGUGUGUGU